AUGGCUUGGAUGUCAGAUAUCUUCAGUGGCCUCCACCAAUUGGAAGUGCUUGCAGUGUUUGUUCAAAGUUUCCGUUCCUGGUACCGUCUACGAUCUUUCAAAGGGCCAUUCUUGGCAACGUUUUCAGACCUAUGGUUGAUCCGCCAUGUGACAGGCGGUAGAAUACACUUAGAUCUCUUCGAUGUUACGGAGAAAUAUGGACCCCUUGCACGAGUUGGCUCGAACACUUUAGUGACCUGUGAUCCAAACUUGUUACGAAAGAUGUUAGCUGUUCGAACCCGAUACAAGCGAUCAGACUGGUAUUUUGGCAUGCGACUUGAUCCAAGCUGUGAUAAUGUCAUAUCUCAAAGAGAUGACGAGAAGCACAACAUCUUGAGAGCGAAGAUGGCAGCUGGAUACUCUGGAAAGGAAGUUGAAAAUCUGGAAAAGUCAAUCGACCAGAAUGUGAUAUCAUUGGUUGAUCUGAUCGGGAGGAAAUAUCUUUCGACCAACUCUGACUUCAAGCCUCUUGAUUUUGGUCGAACAGCUUCAUACUUCACUCUGGACACAAUAUCCAGCAUCGCUUUUGGGAACCCAUUCGGAGAUCUUGCAACCGACUCAGAUGUUCACAAGUACAUUGCAACGACAGAGGAGGCCGUACCUGUCAUUAUCCUGGUCACAGUUAUCCCAUGGCUCAGCAAGUUGCUGCAGACAAGCAUCAUGAAGAGAUUCCUCCCAACCGAAAAAGACAAAAUUGGCUUGGGGAGAAUUAUCGGUGUGGCUAAGGACUUUGUUGGGAAGCGAUUUGGACCGAACAAAAUAGUCAAGAAGGAUAUGCUCGGUUCAUUCCUCAACCAUGACUUGACACAAGAGGAAGCGGAAUUGGAAUCGCUGGUUCAAAUCCUAGCAGGAUCUGAUACUACCUCUACAGGGAUUCGUGGAACCAUGCUUCAUAUCCUAACAAGUCCUCAUGUUGUAUCUGAACUCCUUGCCGAGAUAGCUGAAGUCUCGCCAUCCUCCCCAAUCCAAGAUGCCGAAGCAAGGUCAAUGCCUUACUUGCAAGCAGUGAUCAAAGAAGGACUCCGCAUAUUUCCUCCCGUGGCUGGCCUUAUGUCGAAGGACGUCCCACCUGGAGGUGAUACCUUUAACGGUCUUUUCAUCCCUGAAGGCACGAAAAUUGGCUACUGUGCUUGGGGAGUGUUCAGGAACAAGGACAUAUGGGGCGAGGAUUCUCACGUCUUUCGUCCGGAGAGGUGGCUUGACAGCCCCGCUGAUAAACUUCACGAGAUGGAAGCAACGCUGGAACUUAUUUUCGGGUACGGCCGUUGGCAAUGUUUGGGGAGGAAUGUGGCGUUGAUUGAAUUGAACAAGGUGUUUGUUGAACUCUUACGGCAUUUUGAUAUGUCCCUCGUUGAGCCACUGAAACCUUGGAAAUCGUUUUGUGCCGGCAUAUUUCUGCAGAGGGAGAUGUGGGCGAGGGUUACGAAGAGAUCCAAAGUCCUUUAGUAGUACGAGUAGUGAUUAACGGCCGCGAAAUAUACUUUUCGUUAGGUGAUGCAGCCAGUUGCAGCCAGGGGAGAAAAAAGGUGCACUAUAUAUGAUGCCGAGGCUCUCCCAUAUGAGGCCAGUACAUUGCACCCUGUAGAUGCAAAUUGUAAGCAUAUUGAAAAUAAUGAACGCAAUUACUUUUUUGCGGUUGGUAAUAUGUUGAGGUUUGAGCAACAAGGCGGCAUGCAAGAGCCCCAAACCCUUUAAUCCUCCUUCCUCCCGUCCAUCCCACAACUAGCAUUCAUCCAAGACAGAGCUUGAAAUGCACAACACCAGAGAGAAGUGUCAAGUGCA